AUGGCUCAACCAUCCUCUGACAACUCUGAGGAAGACCUGGGCACCAACAAAACCGGGACCUCCAAAGUAGAGCCCUCUGAAACGGAGCCCUCUGGAACAGAGACCUCAGAAAUGGAGCCCUCUGAACCGGAGCCCUAUGAUGCCGAGCCAAAGAAGGCGAAACAAAAGACAGCUAAGGGCCACCGCCACCGCCACCGCUGCCGCUGCCGCUGCCGCUGCUGUCCAAACAACUUUGCAAGGUUCGCCACCUAUUUCCCCAGGGUACUGAGGCAAGUGCACACAGGCCUGAGCCUCUCCCAUGAGGUCGUGAACGUCAUGGAUUCGUUCGUGAAGGAUAUGUUUGAGCAGAUAGCUGGAGAGGCCAGGCACCUGGCCUGCUCCAACAAGCACUGCACUAUCACGAGUGGAGAGAUCCAGACAGCUGUGCAUCUUCUCUUGCCUGGGGAGAUCGGCAAGUACGCAGUGUCCAAGGCCACCAAGUCAGUCAUCAGAUACAACACCCGCAGAUGA